AUGCUGUGGCUGGCGUUGCUCCUUCUUUGGCCGUACCCGGCUGCCGGCGAUGACUUCCUCGCCUGCAGGGCGGGCUCCUGGGAGCGACUCCGGCGCAGAGUUUCUCUUCGGAAGGCGACCCACGCGGAGGCGGAGGCGGAGGCGAAGAAGGCUCCCCGAGGCGACUGCCUCCUGGGCCACUUCGCCCUCAGCCUCCUCUCGGAAACGGCGGCCUCCGUCGCAGAGGCGGUGGCUGGGCUUUUGUCGGGCCACUUCUGGUCUGAGCUGCUGCUGUCGCGCUGGAGCCUGGUCGUUUUGCGGCUGGCCUCCGAGAAGCUGACUCGUCGAGGCGGCCUCGGCGUUCGCUCCGCGAAGCUGAGCGUGCGGCUCCGCGCCCGUGCGAGGCAGCUGGUGGCAACAGCAGAGCCCCAAAAAGGGCUCCUGGCCUUUGUGAGGGGCGUAGACCAGGACCAGCGCGCCUACCUGGCGAGUCCCCGCCGGGAGAAGCAACUGCGCGGUGUCCUGCAAAGUCUCCGGGGUGCCGCGCUGCUGCUGGCCAAAGGAGGCAGACAGUCCACCCAAAGCGCUUGGUGGAUGCCCACGGCCGGUUGGAGCCAGGCCUGGAUUGUCCUGGCGUGCUUCGAUGAGUCGCUGAUGCUCUUUUCCUGCGCCCCCAUCAUCAAGGAGGCGACGCGGUCUCCACUGCUGAGCAGGCAGCGGUUCUUCCUGUCCGUAAGGCCGGAAGGCUUCACCGCAUUCCAGCACGGGUGCGGGCGGACGAGCUUCCCGUUUGUGACGCUCACUGUGAAGAAGGGCCACGUCGACCGCUGGGUGGACUGGACACUCGGCCACUACCAGGACGUCAUGGCUGCAGCGGUGAGUGCUGCUGCGCCGCCCGAGCUGGUGGUUUUCGUGGAUGUGCAGUCGGAGGAGGACCCCUUGUCGCAGCUCUGGGACCUGGAGCGGUGGUUGCUCCACAGCAGAGGCCCUCAUCCCUGGGACCUUGCCUGGGUCCUGGACGACGGCGUGGCAGGCGCGGCGCUGCUGGCCUGUGAGGAGGAUCGUGCCGCGCGGCUGCCGAGCGUCGUGCCCAAGGCUGGGAUGAUUCUGAUGAAGCCGCAACAAGCGUCUCUUGACUUGCUGAGAGACCUGCGCUUCCUGGACAAGAUUCAUCACUUUGCAGGUGCCUCCCCCGUGGCCUCCAUUUGGGGCACCGUGCUGGUGCAGCAAUCCCGGCAUGGGAUGGGUGACUGGUUCAAGACGCAUGCGAAGGACUCGGCCUGGCCGUGGUGGCGCCGCGUGAUCCUGCCGGCAGGCGUGGUUCAGUGCCUGGGCGCCUCACAGCUUUCGGCCGCGGCGCGGCCGCAGUCGGCAGAAGCGUCCCGCGGCGCAUCCGCCGGCCCGCGGUGGGCGCUGCGGCGGUGCGAGAAGUUCUCCACGGGGACGGGCUAUUGCGCCUUGAACCCCCAGAAACCCCGCGGCUUUGCGUAUCUCACUGACAACUGUGGCUUUCCCAGCAACUACAGCCCAGGAAGGAGAGUGAACGCAGAUGGGCAGGAGGAACGUAUCGUGGUGUCCCUGAAGCAGUCGCAAGAGUUCUUCCUCUGCCCCCGGAGAGUGCCGCUGGCGGUGCUGGCGGUGCCGAGGGCGGGGUCCGUGAGUGUGGCCAACUGGAUGGCGACGAUGGACGGGCUCGAUGCCUGGGCACAGGCGGCAGGCGACGUGAUGGCCGCCCCUGAGGAGGGUCUCCAGCUCUGGGCCUCCGAGCCGCUGUGUCUGCGCUGCUGCACGGGGGUGGGGCGGCUGCAAGUCAUCGUGAUGCGGUCGCCGUUCCAGCGGCUCCGGGCGCACUUCGAUCGUGCUCAGAUCUCGCGGGGCGGCGCCUGGCUGGACUUCCCAGGCUGGCUGGACUGGUCCUUGGACCAGCUGCGGCGCUCCGCCACACCCACCUGCGUCUACAGCGUGAAUCAUUCCAACUACGAGUGGUCCGUCUCUGAUGAGCACCACCUGCGGCCGGCCAGCGGCAUCCUCGCCAAGGCAGGCCUGGAGAUGAAGGACCUCGAGCCGCUCGCGCAAGUACCCAGCUGCCGGUCGCAGCUGGGCGAUGCUUCGCAUGAGGCGCGGCUGGCGCCGCUGCGGCGCACGCCGCUCCUGGCGGUGCUGCGGCUGGAGCGCUUGAGCUCCGACAUCGAGGUGAGUGACGUCGGUGGCCUUCAAAGAGACGGCGAAGAGGAACUUCAGCAGCUGGCUCGCGGGUCUCCACGUGAAAAGGUCCAGCAGCUGCUGUGUUGCAGGUUUGCGCAUUGCCAGCGGCUACCCCAAGUGCCUCGGGUACAUGUGACAAAGGAGACGCAGCGCGGCGUGGCGUGGCCUUCCAAGGCGGCGCGCGCGGCGGUGGCGGUCUAUGCGCAGGACCUGUGGCUGGGCAAGUACCCGCGGAAGCCUUCGGGCAAGCCGCAGGCCGGAUAUUCGGUGCUCGUAGCCCUGGCGCUUUCAGCUUUGGCUGUAGCAGGAACCAUGACUUGGCAAUGGAUGCCCCAGGGAUUUGUGCGCAGCAAGCUGUGGGUGAGAGUUGCCCCGCCUCGCUGCGAUGCCAUGGAUGCGGAGCAGGUCCCGGAGAGUAGCCAUUUCGCUCUGGAGGAGAGGGUGCUGCACCUGGAGGUGGAAUUGCAGAGGUCCCGGGAGGAGUUGGAGGCGUGUUCCGUUCUAGUCUUGUCCCUGGACAAUGUUGGCCCCAGCGCACCGGCCGUCAGCCCCAACACCUCCCCCUUCGCGCCGGAGGAGGCUUCGCGCUUGAAGGCGCGUGUGGAUGUGCUGGAGGAGGCCUGGGCGCUACGGAGCACCACCGUGGGCCAGCGCGCCGAGGAGUCUGUCGCGCGGGUGGAGGAAGAGGUGAAGAAGCUUUGGAGGGAGCUGCUGUCAAAGGAACGCGGCCCCAAGGACGUCCAGAGCGAGGCGCGCGCCAUCGAAGAGCUGAGGAGCCGCAUUGAGAAGACCCAAAGCCAGGUCGCAGAACUGCACUCGCUCAGACCAGAGGAUGUGGACGCCCUGAUGAAGAAGAUGAUCGACGAGGUGAGCCGCUCAGUGAAGCUUCUGGGCGACAGAUGCUCCAAGUUGGAGGGGGGCCUCGCCGCUGUAGAGGCCGCGGAGUCCAGCGGCCAGGCGGAGAAGCGACGCACCGAGCAGCUGGAGAAGAUGGUGGAGCUUCUUCUUCAGCAGAGGAGGCAAGACUUGCAGGAGGCCCAAGCCAACUUCCGGGAGAUCGAUGCCAGGUUCCACGACUGGGAUCAGAAGGAGCAGCUGGAGAAGAACUGGCGCCCAGAAGCGGAAGCCAUUCGCGCAGAGAUGCAGGAGAUGCGGUCCACACACCUCCCCUCGCUGUUUCAGCAGCACAUGAAGGCGAUGAAGGCGAUGCAGGAGGGCCUCACCGCGGUGCGGGCGGAGGUGAAGAAGCUGGGCGAGAUGGUGGAGGUCGCCCAGAAAUCCCAUACCCCACCAGACGAGGACGAGACCUACAAGCAGCGAGAGGUCCUGGCACUGAAGGCACAGGUGGGAGAUCUUCAGGAGCAGGUGACGCAGCUGGUGAUCCGCGGCCUCGAGGAGCGCUUCGCCACUCUCCGCGCAGACGUGGCCCGGGAGGUCACCGCCGCCGUGAGGGAGACGAAGGAGAAUUGGUCAGCUGCCUCCCGGCGCAUCUCUGCGCUGGAGGCUUGGCCUGCCUCCCAAGCGGAGCUCACGGCGGAGGUGCGCGGACUGUUGGCAGAGCACCGGGAGGACAGAGGCCGCUUGGAGAUCCUCGGUCGGCAAGCAGACAGUCUCGGGCGCCAGGUGGUCAGCCUGCGGCGAGAGCUGGCCUUGCCAGACAAGGCGCCCGAAAAAGAAGAGGGCCCGCCGGCCGAGAGCGGCGGCCUCUUCGGCCUCUUCUCCACCGAAGCGCCGGCGGCGGCGGCGGAGCGCACGCGCCGGGCCUCGGAGGCGGAGCGCCCGGCGGCGGUGAAGAGCGCGGUGAAGCUCACGGCCUCGAUGGCCAGCUCCCGGUCCCCGCGCAGCCGCAGGAAGAGCCCAGACCCAGAAGCUGAGGCUAGAUCCAGCACACCACGGCGAGGCUCGCAGACGAGCACUGCGCCUGGCUUUCCUGUGGUGAUCGGGCCCAAGUUGGAGUGGGCACUGUCGCCGAAAUCGCUGCAGGCCAGCAAGAACGGCACGGGUGCUCUGCUCACCGGUGAACUUGAGGUGGCGGGCAUCUUCUGCCGCCUGAAGUUCUUCCCCGACGGCAGCCCCUCGCGCCAGACCGUGGGCUCCUGCAGCCGGAGCCCUCGGCUUGUACCUGAUGUGUACGGUGCCCAACGUCAACGUGCGGUUCCGGCUUUUUGCCGGCACCAAGUACUCGCCGGUGCUGGAGGCGAACACUGCCAGGGGAGGCCGCGACCAAGGAAGGCACGACUUGUGCCUCCUGAAGGAUGUGCUAAACGAGGACGGCAGCGUGGUCGUGGGCGCUGAAAUCAUUGAGGUGCGAAGUGUCUGAGCGGACGAGCACAAGGGGCGCCUGAGCUCUGCGCCAGCGAGUUUCUUGGGACGUGCAACCGGCGGACUUCCAUCAGCCGCAAAAACUGAGAGGCCCACGCCCAAGAUUUCUUCAGACCGAGCUCCCGACCCAAAGGAAACUUGGAAGGAAGCC